AUGACUAGUGUAGAGGCAUUUGUUGAAAAAUGUCGAGAAUUAAUUGAACUUGAACGUGAAGAAGAAAUAAAACAAUCAACAGAAGCAUUGAAAGGUCAAUCAAUAAAACGUCUUGCUGAACGAGGAUUAUGUCUAACACGUCUUCGUUUUCAAUAUACAUAUACAGGUCUAUAUGGUCGAACAAUUCUUGUUUUCGAAGGCGAAUCUCUUUCACGUGUUCAAACAUUUGGACCAGGUGAUAUUGCUGCUAUUUAUCAACAAGGACAUUCAAUUGAUGAACAAACUUCAUUAGCUCAUGGUCUUAUAUUUCGUUUAACAGCAAAUACAAUACAUAUAGCUAUUGAAGAAAAUGAUAAUGAACAAUUUAAUUUGUUAGGUGAUACUUGUCUUUUUAUGAUUAUUAAAAUGGCUAAUGAUGUGACCUAUCGACGAUUAAGACAUGGUCUUACAUUAAUGGUAAAACAACGUCAAGGAAUCGCCCAUCAUUUACUUGAUAUUGCAUUUGAUAAUGCUGAUCCAAUUCCAUCAAAUUUUCCUGAGAGGACUGGUCCAUCACAAUGGUUUAAUGAGAAUCUCGAUCAAUCUCAACGAGAAGCCGUUAAUUUCGCAUUAGCUUCACGUGAUAUAUCCAUCAUUCAUGGACCACCGGGCACUGGUAAAACAACAACAAUUGUUGAAUAUAUAUUACAAGAAGCAUUAAAACGUGAUGCAAAAAUUCUUUGUUGUGCAUCAUCAAAUAUAGCUGUUGAUAAUCUUGUUGAACGUCUCGGAAGAAAAAAACAAUUGAAACUUAUUCGUCUUGGUCAUCCAGCACGUUUACUUGAAUCAAUACAAUGUUUUUCAUUAGAAUCAAUUGUUAUGGAAAAUUAUCAAGAUGUUAAAAAUGCUAUACGUGAAGAUUUAAAUCAAUGUUUUGUAAGAUUCAAUUUUUCUUUUAUUGAUUUUUCUUUAAUUUGUUAUUUUUUAUUCAA